GUGAUUGUGUCAUUCUAAGUCAUCUCUUCAAAACGAUCGGUUGAUACGACAGAACGCGCUGGGGAUUUUUUACGGUAUAAGAUACACUAAAAUCUGUGUAAUAAUAAUACAUAUAAAUACAUAUGCCUAUAUACUACAUACGUUUCGUAUCGCCAAGUAAACAAUAUUAAACGAGUUCAGAAACAUACGUCAAGGCUAAACAUUCGAAGAUAAAUAUUCGGUAGUUGUGUUUGUUGCUUUAAAUAAUAUAAAUAUGAUAAGACAUAGUUUCAUAGUGUUUUUGUGCGGUAUUGCACUAGCUCAAGCGACGGCAUUAAACGGAAUUGUGGCACCAACACAGGCACCCAAUGCAUUGCCAACUAUUCCAAGCGGUAUCUUUUUACCGGAUGCGCAACUCCAAGCAUCGGCACCAGUUGGCGAUUAUGAUUUCGACGACUAUGUGCCAUAUCGCAGUGAUACAUUAGAUCUCUUUUCAUGGUCACUGCUGAAACAAGUGCUGAGUGAGGAGCCCGGUAACGUCAUCAUAUCGCCCUUCUCAGUCAAACUGUCUUUGGCGCUAUUAGCAGAAGCUGCGGGCAACGGUUCGCAGACACAGCGUGAACUCUACAGUACAUUGACGGACAUCAGGCAGCCGGAUAACUUGCGUGGCUUUUACAGAAAAACAUUGAAUGUACUUAAAAAGGAAAAUCCAUAUUUUACAUUGAAUUUGGAGUCCAAACUUUUCACAGAUGUUGAAGUUGAGCCGCAACAACGUUACGCUGCCAUACUGCAUAGCUACUAUCAAACCGAUAUCGAGCGUUUGGAUUUUACAAAAGGUAGCGAGUCGGCGUAUGUGAUCAAUAGCUGGUGCAACAAUGUUACGCAUGGACGCCUAACUCAACUCGUAAAUGAGGGCAAUGUACAGAAUAAUAUUUUACUCAUGGCAAAUGUGUUGUACUUUAAUGGUUUAUGGCGUACGCCAUUCAAUAACACUUUCGAAGGUGUCUUCUUCAAUACGCCAAAGAGACAAUUGCGCGCCGACUUUAUGGAGCUUACAGAUUCCUUCUACUAUUACAAUGAUGUUGCAUUAGAUGCGAAGAUCUUGCGCUUACCUUAUAAGGGUAAGAAGUUCUCCAUGUUCAUUUUAUUGCCUAAGACAAUGGGUAACAUUGAGGUGCUUACACAGAAUUUGGUCAAUGACCAAUUGAAACGUAUGCAAUGGGCUAUGGAGUCGGUCAAAGUGAAGGUAACAAUGCCAAAAUUCAAAUUUGACUUUGACAAGAACUUGAAACCCACACUGCAAGCUUUGGGCAUACAUGAUAUUUUCACGAGCGAUGCGUCGUUGCCGGGUUUGGCGCGCGGUGCAGGUGUUGCUGAAGUAUUAAAAGUAUCGAAUGUAUUUCAGAAAAGCGGUAUUGAUGUGAACGAGAAGGGCACCGAAGCCUACGCUUCAACAGUCGUGGAGAUUGACAACAAGUUCGGUGGCACGCCACUCAUCGAGGAGUUCAACGUCAAUCAACCGUUUCUUUUCUUCAUUGAAGAAGAAGCCACUGGAAAUAUAAUUUUCGCCGGCAAAGUACUAGAGCCAACAAUUUGAAUGUGGUGAUUUUUAGCGACAUACUCGUAUAUACAUAUUUAUAUAAGUUUGUAUUGUAUAAGGCAUAAGUAUUAGGAAGAAAUUAUUUAGCAGUCACAAAUCGUGAGUGUCAUAUAAUGAAUAAGAAAAUUAAUAUGCAUGCCAUAUUAUUAAGAAAUUAUACCUAAUUUUGUGUUAAAAUACCUAAAUGUGUAUUUCUAAGUAAUCUUUAAUUAAGUGAGACGAGUAUUUUUUGUAAUUUCUUACUUUUGGAAUAUACUCAAUUAUGAAUAUGUGAUAAGUUUAUAAGAAGUGAAAUAAAAAGCAACCUGAAAGUGCCAACAUUAUAUAA